GGGCUGUCAAAAAGCGUGUGUAAGUGACACAGCUCGCCGUCAAAUAAUAAUAAAUUUAAAGACCGGAGAUGAUUUUGGAACGUUUCGCGUGGUUUUCUUUCGAUGAAAUGAAUAAAACAUUACAAAAAUGAAAUUGGUUUACAAAGAAUUGGAUAAGGAUGGCGAGGGGACAGUGUGUCUUAUCCCGGAAGAAUCAGAAGACAUAUGGCAUGCUUACAAUCUUAUAUCAGAAGGGGAUUCAGUUCGUGGUUCUACAAUACGAAAAGUCCAAACGGAAUCCUCAACAGGUUCAUCAACAUCAAAUCGGGUCCGUACAACACUUACAAUUUCAGUGGAAAACAUUGAGUAUGACACACAGGCGUGUAAAUUACGGUUAAAAGGUCGUAACAUUGAAGAAAACCCAUAUGUUAAGAUGGGGGCUUACCAUACAUUAGAUUUAGAGUUGAAUAGGAAAUUUACGUUAAGAAAACACGAAUGGGAUUCAGUGGCAAUUGAUCGUGUGGAAAGCGCUUGCGAUGCCGCGCAAAAUGCUGAUGUUGCUGCUGUUAUUAUGCAGGAAGGACUUGCGUAUAUUUGUCUAAUAACGGCGAGUAUGACGCUGGUUAGAAUUAAAAUUGAUGUAUCAAUACCUAGGAAAAGGAAAGGAUUCGUACAACAACAUGAAAAGGGUUUAAACAAAUUUUAUGAUAAUGUAAUGCAAGGUAUACUCCGCCAUGUAAAUUUUGAUAUUGUGAAAUGUGUCUUGAUAGCUUCCCCGGGCUUUGUCCGAGACCAAUUUUACGAGUACAUGUUCCAAACGGCUGUUAAAACCGAUAAUAAGGUAUUGCUAGAUAAUAAAAGCAAAUUUAUGCUCGUUCAUUCAUCUUCCGGAUUUAAACAUUCUCUAAGAGAAGUCCUCCAGGAUCCUGCUGUUGUAAGUAAAAUGGCUGAUACAAAAGCGGCGGGUGAAGUGAAAUUGCUGGAAAAUUUUUAUACCAUGCUUCAAUUGGAACCUGCUAAAGCUUUUUAUGGAAAGAGACAUGUUGAAAAAGCGAAUGAAUCCCAAGCUGUUGAGACUUUGUUGAUCUCUGAUAACUUAUUUAGGUGUAAAAAUCUUGCACUUAGAAAAGAGUACGUACAAUUAGUGGAAUCCGUGAAGGAAUCUGGCGGAGAAGUAAAGAUCUUUUCAAGUAUGCAUAUUUCAGGUGAACAAUUGGAACAAUUGACUGGAAUAGCAGCUAUACUAAGAUUUCCAAUGCCAGAAUUGGAUGAAGAAGAUGAAAAUAGCGAAACAGAAGAUUAAAUGAAACAAAUUUAGUGACAAUUCAAAUCUGUACUUUUUUUUUUAAUGAAAACACCAUUUUUGACAUUCAUUGCGAUUUUUUACGUUGUGUAAGUUGAAAAAAUGUUUAUGUAACAUUUUCAUUCUUAAACAUAAUUGUUAAUUUUAACAAAUCUAAAUUUUCUCAAACACCACAAUCAUUGUUGUCCAUAUUUUAUUGGUAAUCUUUGUAUAGUUAAUUGUUAUAUGCAUUAUUAUAUUUUUUUGUAUUUAUUUCGUACCGGCAUUAUUAUAAUUGAAGUGGGAUUCAAAUAAAUAACAUGGAAAACUAAAAUAAUAAAUUGAUUGAAUUCAA